AAAUACGUUAAUGUCUGACAAGGAGAAAGAAGUGCCUUUUCGAGUGGCAAUCAUUGGUGCUGGCAUGGGCGGUGCAACAGCUGCGUACUACCUGCGUCAGCUAUUUGGCUCGGAAGUGGUCAUCACCGUGUUUGAACAAACCGGACGGAUCGGCGGUCGGAUAAAAUCUGCCAAUUUUGCUGGUCAGCUAAUCGAGACGGGAGCCAGUAUUUAUCACACCAGCAACCAGUACAUGACAAGUUUCGCGAAGAAGUUUGAUUUGAGUGUUCAGGACGUGAGUGCCACAGAUUAUCGUCUCAUGAUAUACGACGGUUGCGGUGGUCUCUCGUUUUCUUCACUGAGUGGCCCAUCGUGCUUUCUCCCAGUUCGUUUGCUGUGGCGAUACGGGCUACAAUUGAUCAAGUUGAGAUCUAUCACGCGCUCACACAUGAGGGAUUUUUCAAGGAUUUACAGACUUCAAGAUGACGGUGAAUGUUUUACGACCACAGCCAACCUAUUUUCUGCCAUAAAACCAGAGUUCGUAGAAAUGACAAAAUGGAGUUUUGAUGAUUGGCUGAGCCAACGAAGCAAAAUUUCCGAUCCAUUAAAGUCCGAGAUUGUAUACGGCGCAUUAUCGAAAACCUACAGCCAGAGCCUCGAUGUGCACGCUUUUGUGGGUUUCAUUAGCUUGGCAUCCAUUAUACCAAAACUGGCCGCUAUCCAAGAUGGUAACGAACUUGUCCCCAAAAUGUUGAUCCAGCAUGCUCUGGAGCACAAUCCCCCCGGGAAGUCAGGAGGGUUUAUCCACGCAAAGGUCACCGCCAUCGAGCCGUCUACAUCCGUUGAGGGGUAG